CGCCCCCUCCGGCGCGGGGAGGGGGAUGCGGACGGGGGAAGAUGGCGGCCUCGAACAACCCGCGGAAAUUCAGCGAGAAGAUCGCGCUGCACAACCAGAAGCAGGCGGAGGAGACGGCGGCCUUCGAGGAGGUCAUGAAGGACUUGAGCCUGACCCGCGCCCAUCGGUUACAGCUGCAGAAAACCCAGUAUUUGCAACUAGGACAGAGUCGUGGCCAGUACUACGGUGGGUCCCUGCCAAAUGUGAAUCAGAUUGGAAACAGUGCCAUGGAUCUGCCCUUCCAGCACAACGGAGCUCUGGCAGAAACCUUUGGAGCAGUUCCCGUCUCUUUGACUCCUUUUCAGUCAUCCGGGCUGGACACGAGCAGAACAACUCGGCACCACGGUUUGGUGGAUCGAGUUUAUCGGGACCGGAACCGGCUGGGAUCGCCGCACCGCCGCCCGCUGUCAGUGGACAAACACGGCAGGCAAGUGGACAGCUGUCCGUACGGCACUGUGUAUCUGUCACCUCCGUCCGACACGAGCUGGAGAAGGACAAAUUCAGACUCUGCCUUGCACCAGAGCACGAUGACUCCAGCGCAGCAGGAAUCUUUUUCAGGAGGGUCGCAGGACAUGCAGCAGAAAAGAGUUUUGCUGCUGACUGUCCCUGGAAUGGAGGAGGCCACCUCUGAGGCAGACAAAGCCCUUUCUAAGCAAGGAUGGGACACUAAAAAGACUGGGUCAUCAAGACCUAAAUCAUGUGAAGUUCCAGGAAUCAACAUCUUUCCAUCAGCUGACCAGGACAACACUACAACCCUGAUUCCUGCUACACAUAACACGGGCGGCUCCCUGCCGGACCUGACCAACAUCCAUUUCCCUUCCCCCCUCCCCACGCCGUUAGACCCCGAGGAAUCCACCUUCCCUGCCCUGAGCAGCUCCAACAGCACUGGGAACCUUGCUGCCAACCUGACUCACCUGGGCAUCAGCACUGCCACUCAGGGGAUGACACCUCCAGCUCCAUCCCAGCAGCACCGGCAGCCCAACGUCAGCCCACUGUCGCUGAGCGCGGACUCGAGGCGGCCGCAGUCGCAGCAGAUGUCUCCUACACUUUCCCCUCUGUCACCCAUCACUCAGGCCGUGGCGAUGGAUGCGUUGUCUCUGGAGCAGCAGCUUCCCCCGUACCCGUUUUUUACCCAGACGACUUCCCAGCAGCAGCAGCAGCCCCAGGUGGUGAGCAGCCUGCCUCAGAACACUCCGUUAAUGCAGACUUCUGGUUUACAGCGAGGAGCUCAGCUGCCCCCACUCUCCGUCACAGUACCUUCCACCAUCCCGCAGUCUCCUCCGGGCAGCCAGAGCCAGAGCCAGCCGUCCAUGGGAAUAGACAUCAACUCGGCUUCACUCCAGCAGUACCGCAGUAAUGCUGGCUCCCCAGCCAACCAGUCUCCCACCUCUCCUGUCUCCAAUCAAGGCUUCUCUCCUGGCAGCUCCCCUCAACAUUCUUCCAUUCUGGGGAGUGUAUUUGGUGACUCCUAUUAUGAUCAGCAGAUGACAGCUAGGCAGGCUAAUGCCCUAUCCCAUCAGCUCGAACAGUUUAACAUGAUAGAAAACGCCAUUAGUUCCAACAGCCUGUACAGCCCCUGCUCCACGCUUAACUACUCCCAGGCAGCAAUGAUGGGCCUCACCGGCAGCCACGGCAGCCUGCAGGACUCGCCGCAGCUCAGCUACUCCAGCCACGGGAACAUCCCCAACAUCAUCCUGACAGUGACAGGAGAAUCUCCUCCCAGCUUAUCGAAAGAACUGACCAGCUCUUUGGCAGGAGUGGGCGACGUCAGCUUCGACGCCGAUUCCCAGUUUCCUUUGGAUGAACUCAAAAUUGACCCUUUAACCCUGGAUGGACUGCACAUGCUCAACGACCCGGACAUGGUCCUCACCGACCCCGCCACAGAGGACACGUUCCGGAUGGACCGGCUGUGACGUGGGGCGCCGGGAGCUCGGCAGCGGGGGUCGUUCCUGGAUCAGCCGGAGCAGAGGCCGUGGGUCAGUCGUGGCAGAGCCGGGGCUGCCGAGAGCCGGAGCUCCGUCCUGCGCGCCGUGUACAAUGAGUAAAGCUUGUUGUUCUGAGCUUGCAGCGCUGCAGACCCCUGCUCCCUGUCGCGCCGUAUUUCGCCCCUUGUCCACUCAUCGCCAUUAACGAGCAAGGAGUUUCCUCAGCCUUCUCCUCUCCAGAGCCCCCCCUCCCCCACCAAAGCUCCGGCGUUGUCAGUUUACCUUUGCACUAGAAGGGGGCUCCUGGCAGGCGAGGGGGGUCCGCAGCCAAGGGAAAAUUGAUUCUCUCUACCGAACCAAAUUGUGGCUGUGGUCGGAGCGGGGGGGAGGCACCCGGCGGUGCCCCCUCGUCCCCCACGCGUCGGGAAGCAAAUCUCUGGGGGGGCAGGGAGCUGUGGCUCUGCUUUGUGCCAGCUGCUUCGUAGGGCGAGCGCUUCUUCCUUGGUCGAUGUUUGUCUGCAGGCUCCUCGCGUCCUUCUGCCUCCCUGCCCUGAGCAAACUGCGCGCGGAGGAGCCGCCCCGCGGCCUUGGCAGCCGGCGACUGUAAACACUAUUUUCAAAGCUUUUUUCUUAAAAAAAAUUAAAAAAAGAGAUAUAUAUAUGUAAUAUAUAUAUUUAUAUAUAUGUAUACAUAUAUAUGGCAUUUCUGAGCACACAAGAAAGUACUAUAAUUCAUUACUUGAUGAGCACGGAGGGAGGAACGGGGCGUUUUGAAGCAGCUGGAGGCAGGCAGGAGGGCAGGCGCAGAGCAGAGGUCUGGCUUUGCUCAGUGAGGGGCUCUUGGGCAGCAGAGGGGCGUUUCUCCAGCAGUGCCCGGCUGAAAUCACCACAACUGGGUUUUAUUUUUUAUUCUUAUCCAUUACUUAUUCUGUUACCGUUAUUUAUGAUUUUUUUUUUUUUUUUUAAUUUAAGUAUUUGGAUAUUAGCAAAGUAGCUGAACUACAUACCGCCAACUGAAGCACUCUAUGUAAUACUUGUACAUCUUUUUGUGUUUUUAUUCCAGAAAUAUAUUAUAUAUAUUAUAUAUAUAUAGGUAUUUUUAACUAACUGGAAUUCUAAACGGACCUUGAGCAGCAGGGAGCCGAGGGUGAGGGUUCCCUCCGCCGUGCUGGAGCAGAGCAGUCGGGGUGCAGGGGCUCCUUUCAGCGUGGGGUGAAUCUGUUCAGCCCCCCACAGCCGGGCAGCGGGCGCCCAGCAGCGCCUUGGGCUCCUGGUGACCACAGCAGGUGACUCCUGUUGGUCCUCGUUGCUGCGGUGCGGCUGGGCGCUGCAUUACAGCGUCCUUUGCUGCCCGCUGGCCGUGCUGCUGUGCAGCUGAUGAGCUGCAGAGGUUCUGUCUGCACUCCAGGGCUCUGCCUGGUUGGAAAGAUGUGUUGGAAGGUUCUUUGGGAGCAUCGCUGCUGGCGCUGUUGGUGCGACAGCGAAGGAGGCGCCGUGCUGGGCUCUCAGCGCCUGCCCCUCCUCAGCAAGGUUAGGAGCUGGAGCUGGCAUUAUUUGGGUGUCAUUAACAAAGCAACCAUUCUGUCUGUGGUGAAUGAGGCAGCGAGGGGCAGCUCCAUGCAGGAGGGGCGGAAGGCUCACAUUAAAUUAAAGCACCUCAAUUAAGGAGCCCUUGUAGUUGCCAUUCCCAGACAGCCGUGUUCCUUGCUGGCACUGCCCAGCCCAGGCCUGCUCUGCGUGCACUCAGAGCUUUGCGUUUCGUCCAUUGCCAGCUGCUGCCGGCUUUGAGCAGAGCCCUGCAGCGCUUCUCCCUGCUCCCGUUGGGGUUUGGAGCUGCUCGGGGGCUGCCCUGCUCCUAAUGAGUUAUACACAUUUCUGUGUGCUUCCAGAAAUCAGCGGGACGCCGUCCUGACAUUCGUGCAAACGCUGCAGCGCGGAGCCGCCGCUGGGAUCUGUGUGCCGGGCCGUUUGCUCGCCUUGGUGCCGUUCGUUUGGACCAUUUGCACUAAACAUGUUUUUCUUUCCAUCGCUUCCCCGCGUCCGUCUCUGCAACUGGAAGAUCCCCCCCGUUGUCAGCAGCGGCUGUCGGGACGCGCGCCCUGCGCCGCAACUCCCAGCGCCCGCACUUCGGGUCGCUGAUGCUUUUUUCAAUGUGAGAAAACCAAAGGGCGGCGCCGACUGGGAGGAGUCCCAUCAAAUCGCUGCUGCGGAGCCCAGUGCUUUGGGGCGGCCGCAGAGGUGCGGUGUGGGGGGAGAUGGGAGCUGCUCCUCGCCGUCCGCGUGUCCCUUGCAGUUCUGUCCUUCCUCGGUGGGAUUCCUGUCCGUGUCGCUCUCUCGUUCCAAUGACUCUUAGACAUUUGCAUGUCGGUUCUCGUUUGUGAUCUAUUUUUUUAAAACCAGUCACUUCCGAAUGGAGAUGAGAUUCCUAACUGGAGACUUUCACAGGGAGCUGUUGCUAAAUGCUACCUUCUGAGGUGUUUUUUUUUUAAACUACACGUGUAUAUAAGAGAUCUUGUUUAUUAGACUUGUAAGUAGACAUUUAAAAUGGCCUUAAUUUAAAAAAACAACAACAAAAAUCACAUCUGGAUGCAACUGUCCAAAUUCGGGACCACGUGGCUGAGAGGUGCAGGAUUUGUUCCUUCCUUGCAGGAGGGGAGGAUGAGGUCCCAGCACUGAGCGCUGUGCUGAGGGGCUGCCACCCCUCCUGAUCUGCGUUGCCACUGCGUGCGUGAGAGCAGCCCUGGAGCUGGGGGUGGAAACGCGGAGGGGAGCCGCGCUGGUUGGUGGUUGUGGUUCACGAGCUGUGAGCUCUGAUCUCAGCUCAAACGUGGGAGCGUUGGGAGCUGCUGCCCUCGGAUGUCAGAGUGGGAGGAGAAGCCGUGCAGCAAAAAGCUGCCGCUAUCAUUUAGACCUCGUUCAGUUAAAUAACCCCAAAGCUGUGUGGGGUCAGAGUUCCCAUCUGAACGUCCCUGCUGAAUGAACCCGGCCCCUCCGUGCAGCGUGCUUUAUAUCAGUAUAUGGAGAGAGCUCCCCAGCUGGGCUGUUGCGUUUGCCGAUGAACGGGGGAUCCAUAGGAGCGAACUUUCAGUGUAUGGAAUACUGUGACCUUCAAAAGAAAUCCAGGUUUGCGCUGCUCCUGCAGGCGGGGGCCCUGCUGGCCCUGCGGCGGCUCCUCGGGCUCAGCUCAGCUCCCUGUGCCGUGUGGCAGCGCAGCCCCGUCCCACCCCGCGCUCCGGCUUUGCAUGGCAGCAGCACUUCGCCCGCGCUCAGCCGCAAACCCUUCUGUACAGAAAAACCCCUGCGGGUCCCGUUUUUCUUCUUUGAAAGAGGAGGGGGGAGAAAGGUUUCCAGACAGAGGCUGUCAGUUGACCGAAGGAGGAUUUCGACCCUUUGUGUAUUUUGUUACCUUUACGAAACAAACAAACAAAAGGGUUUCUGAGGAAGCGUUCCUGAGAGCCGCUCGGCAAAAGUGUUUGCGGACCAACCGAGAGCGAGCCGCCCUCUGAGCUCUGCUCUGCUCAGCCCAGCUGUGCGCCCUUCAAAGGGGCUCCGGGGCCGAUGCCCCCUGGGCAGAGAGCAGAGCCGGGCCGGGAGCACAGCAUGCAUUCCUGUGGGCAGCAGAGCCCCCGUCACUGUGAUGGCAGGGUGAGAGCGCAGGUAGCGUCUGUUCCGUCUGUGUUCUUUUUAAAAAACAGAAAAACAACAACAACAGAAAAACCCAAAUGGGGAAAAAAAACCUAACGCUGAUUUGUAGUGUUCCUGUCCUUUGUAUUUCUAGUUGCAUCUUAUUUAUACUGCGCAGUGUAGGCAUGGAUUGCAUGUCGGUUUUCUAUGCGGGCACCACGAUGACAUGAUUACUGUGUACUAUAAAUCAUUUUUACCUUUUUAAACGGAAUCAUUGUGUGGAAUUUCUAUACUGCAGAACGAAACACUACAUUACGUACUCUCUUCAUUUGUGUUAUUUAUUUUAUUUUCCACCGGGGGGAGGGGGGCAGUUUGAACUGUGGUGUAUAUUGCCUUAUGUGGGCUUGACCGAUUUUAUCAAAAUAAAGGCCUGAAGGGGUAAAUGCACUGCCUGGUUUCUUUGGGAGGUGGAGCCGUGCUGUCAGAGGGGCAGCGCGUAGCAGAGCAGUGCUGGGGAGUCGGUGCAGAAGGGAAGGUGUGGGAAGUGGCUGCAGGGAGCCUGGGCUCAGCUCUUACCGCGUUCUCCUGGGAGCAGCGCAGCCUCUCCCUCCUCUCUUCUCCUCUCCCAUUGCUGGUGGCGAUGGCUUCGCUCUUUGCUUGUUGCAGGUUCUCUGCUUUAGGGAUGGGAAGAGUCUGUGAGCGCUGUGGAUUUCUGCAGGUGAAGGUAAUGAGACCAGAAGUCAGGAGCGGAGCAGCCGUCUGCUUCCCCCUGCAGCUGCUUGUGGACGGCGGCUGUGCGUCCUCCCGUCCUCAGGUUCCAGGUGCAGCGCAUCUCCUUGGCCCGGCGCGUUGUGUUCGCUGUUGGGCUCUUGCUCCCUCUGCCAUUUCCUGGGUGAUUUGUUGGGUAGCUCUGAACUUCUCUCUGAAUUUCAGCCUUCCCGGUCACCGCAUUCCGGGUUCAGCCGUAGCAAAGGGCUCUGGAGCAGCGCUGCUCUGCAGUGGGGGCGCAGCUGUGAGCACUGCUGGGAAGGAGCCUGGUGUCAGCUGAGGAAGCGGAGCGAUUUGGCAAAAAGCACCGUUUGGUUCAUUCAGCAGUCAACGUUUUGUUCUCAUAUUCUGCCUCUGCCUUGGAGGAAAGGUCUGACAGAUGCGAGCAGAGCUCUGUUCUGCUGCCAAGCGUCCCCCUGUCCGCAGGGAGCCCUCGGUGCUGGGCUGCGGCUGCGGCCAGCAGGGCUGCAGGGAUGGAUCUCUGUGGGAUCUGAGGUGUUUUCCUCGCUGCUCUUCUUCUGAUGGCAUUUCUGCCAUCGCUGUCACACAAGUGAGACACAGCAGUGACAGCACCUCAGACGGCUCUUACAGCAGAUGAUAGGAUGGCAGUGGAGAUGAUAGGUUUGACUGUUUUACUCCUUAAUUUUCCUGCCUUCAGCUCAUACAAAUUCCUCAAUCUCCCCUUUUUUCUUUUACGAUGUAACUGUGCAGACAGAUGCUGUUUCCCCUUCGUGGCUGCUGCUGUGUUCCAACAAAGCCGAUGGGUUUGAUGGGUUUUGAUGAGUGAUGCUGUGGCACUGUGCUGGCACAGACCGCUUUUGUUCUGCCAUCGCUUUCCCUUGUGCUCCGUCACUGAAGCAGGGCACGCGUUGUAGGGCUUGUUUCGGUGUGGACGUGUUGAUAUCAGCUGUCACCAAUUGUUUGCUGCUUUGAAGAGGUUCUGCUGCUGCCUGCCAGGGUCGGGGUGGGCGCUGGGUUCUGUCUGUGCUGUGUGGGUCCUGAUGAAUUUUCCUUUGCUUUGAGCCGAUGGUUGGGACUGAGCAGCGCUGAGCUGCUGAGGAGUGGCAGCCAGGUCACCUCCCACCAUAGACUGGAGCUGUGCUGCGUUUCGCUGCUUUGUUGUGUUUUUGAGCUCGUCUGGAUGCUGUUUGGAGGAACGCUGUCUGUCUGUCCGUGCCACCCACCCCCCUGCAAUGAGCAAAUUCAAAAGAAGCAGACGCGCCCGGCCUCCCCCAGCUGUGGCUUAGCAGACACGUUCAUGUUGGUGUGGCUUUUUUUCUGUUGAAGUCAUUGGGUUGUUAACACACGUUGGAUCCCGUUUUGUGGUGUCUUUCUUAGUUUGACUGUGGCAAAUGAGAGCGAGGUGGCCUUGCAGCGAUGGGGACCAGGGGUGUUUGUGUGCUGGAGAGCAGAGCGCUGACCUGCGGCACUGUGCUCCUGCUCCACGUUUACGUAACCCCAGGAGGCUUUGGGGGGCACACAGUUAAACCAAUGUGAUCCAGGUUUCAUCUCCUGGCCCACUUUAGAAUAGCCUUCAACAAACAAACGCGGGCAGAUGGAGCAGAUGCAGCACGCAGCUCUGCGUGGGAAUUGAGGGCUGCAGAGCGGGCACAGAUCUCCCCCUGCUCCAUCUGAGACCUGUGCAGGUCGGUCCAUCCUGCAGCUGAAUGUGCAAAAGAAGCUUAAAUUGUCACCACUGACGCUUGGUGAGGGGAGGUCUGGGAUGAGGCUUCAGCUCGUGCGAAGGGGUUUGUAUUGGGAAUAGCACCGACCGAACCUUUGGAAGGGGGGCAGGUUCUGGGUGUGCCACAUCUGUGGGUCCAGCACAAAGCAGAUGUGCUGCUGGCUCUGAUAGGCUCUGCUCACAGUGCUGAUCUCGUUCUGCCUUCUGAGCUGCAGUGUCUGUGCGGCCAAAUGGCUCCUUUGCACGUCCUGCGCAUCGGUCAGCACUCAGUUUUUAUGCUGUGGUUUAGAAAAGAAAAAGGGGCAGAAGGUCCCAGUUCAUAAAUCCAAUUUGAGAACUGCGUUCUGCAGCCGUAGCGAUGGAGAGUCAGUGUUCCCUUCAGGAACGGGACGCCAGCGUCCAGAAACGGAGCUGAGCUCUGCAGAGGGCGAGCGUUGAAGGCGGCACCGUCUGCUCUGGCUCUCGGUCAAGGCAGAAAAGCAGCAGUUAGCAAACACCUUCGCUUACGUGCGACGUUGCAAGGCUCUGUCUGGCAGGAAAGGGUUAAGGUGGCUCAGCCUGGGGAUCCAGCAGACAUGAAACGCAGGGAAGAUGAGCAGGUGGAACUGAUGAGCAUGAAGUUGCGUGGUCAGGCGGAUGGAGCUGGACGCUGGGGCAGGGCUUGCUUCAACAGCACUGCAUCACUCACUGAUCCUGGGCGUCCUUCAGACCAUCUCAGUAUCGCACAUCCACUGAUCUCUGCUCAGCGUUAUACAGCGUAGCAAUUGAAAUAUUGUAUUCCAGCCAGCUAUUAACUAAUAAGGCAGUAGAUACUGAGGUUUUCUUUUGGGAGGAAUUAGGACUUCUAGCAGCUUUUUCUUGUUACCUGAACAGAGCCCCCACGUGUGGAGGGAUUCCUCGUAGAAGAAGUGGAAGUUCAGUGUGACAGUGCUUAGGAGGGGAGGUUGGAUUUUAAUCAAAUUAAAUACAGCUGCUUUUGGCAGCUUCUCUCACAGACUGGCAGCUAAAAACAACUUUAUGUCGUUCGUUGAGCUUGGGAAAAAAACGUCGGAUUUAUGCAUUUUCAGAGACAGUAUAAUAUACUGUUCUUUACAAGUUAACUUUUUCUAUUAAACUAAUUUGUGGAUUAUUUCACUGAUAUAUGCAAUCCUAUAUUCAGCUACAGUGUUGGUGGCACAGGAACGCUGGAAAAAUUGUCCCUGCGACAUAAAAGUUUUAUUUAUUGUGUUUUUUCUAUAGGUAAAGUGGAAAACUGAAGUUGGCUUUAAGUGUUUGCAAUCUGAGAAAUGAUGUGAAAAAGCAGCUCAACUAAAUGUACAUUCUUUUCAACCUUUUCUUUUUUGUGUGAAGGCUUUUGUCUUUGUAUCUUUGCAUUAUUUGUAAAUGAAAUGUAAUAAAAGUUGAAAUGUUUUUGUCUC